GUUACCCACACCUAAAGCAAAACAUCCCUUAUAAAUACAAAAAACAACAAAAGCGGAAAUGUUUGUAGCUGUCGCAGUUCUGUUAUCCAUUGCUGGUAUUUGCACUGUGCACGCAGGCGAGACAAGGACCAAUGUGGCAUUUAAAAAACCAUGUACAAUGUCUGAUCAAGUUGGUGAUUAUGCAUGUACGUAUGGUAAUGACGGCAACACGGAGGCUGGAUCAUGCUUUCAAACCAAAAGAUCAGCCAAAAACUUUUGGAGGGUGGAUUUGGAAGAUACUUAUGAAAUUGUCAAAAUAAAAAUAUAUAGCAACCUUGACGCUGCAGAAAGACAAGGAAACAAUAUCAGAGUAUUCAUUGGCCUUGAAGAAUCUGAUGUAUUUAGAACAAAAGUUGGCGAUUUUCAAGACUUGUUAGACAUUCAAAUCAUUGAUCUACCUCCUGGUACAAAGGCAUCUUAUGUGAAGAUUGUCCAAACGGCACCAGAGGGAAAUCUGCUGAAAUUGAAUCUUUGUGAAAUUCAAGUCUUUUCACCUAAUUCCACAUAACUAAAUGAUGUUGCAGCUUUAACAUGAAAAAAUUCAGUCGGUGUUUUGUAAUAAAAUCUGUUUUGAAUAAAGCACGGAAUUACAUAAA